AUGAUGCCAUUAAAGAAACGGCAGCGGCAGACGCUUGUCUGUUCGAACUGCAAGCGCCGGAAGUCUCGAUGCGACAGAGGGAAGCCUGCAUGCGGAAAUUGCAUACGAUUGGGCAACCGGGAGACUUGCCACUACUUUAUUUCGCCCUCUGAGAAAGGCGGCGACGGCGGGGACUCGCCGGGAGAGUCUGCGGGCAGUAAUGGGGCGCUGGAGCGGUGGCAGUUCGUGCGCGCGCACAGCUGCGGGCGGGUGGACUUGACUGCCGGGCGCACGGUGGUGUUUGGCAAGCGCAGCGCGGUAUACGUUGCGGGGGUGCUGAGCACGGACGCCGUACGAUACCGCGACCUGUACUUGGAGCUACUGAGUGUGUUUUCGCACGCGGCCAUCAAGAAGACGGUGAGUCAGCUGCAUGCACAGGCGCAGGUAGGCGCGCAGGAGGCUUCGCUACCCAACUCGGUGAAACGUGUGAUUCGGAUGGAGGACGAGGGGAUGCUGCAGGAGUCGUCGCCGUACAUCCUGGCGAAGCACAAGAAGGUGCACCAGUCGCUGGUGGAUGGGUUUGCGCAGAGCCGGUACGAGGGUCGGCAGCAGUUUGCGGAUGUGGAAGAGGCAGCGAAGCAGCACCUGGUGGAAAGGUACAUAUUCCUGCAGAAGGUGUUACCGGCGUUUAAGAAGCAUGUGCUGCCGCUGAUACCGAUAUAUGACGAGCGGAUGUUGUGCGUGACGGUGGAGCAGCUAUACGAUGACUAUCAAAAGCGCGGCAAGUUCUCUGCCAAGAACGGCGAUCUUAUCACGGUCGCGACAAUCUUGCUGAUCACGCGCCUAGUGUACCUCGCGAUCCGGUUUGACAAAUGCUCGGUGGUGAAUGUCAAGUAUAACAGAAUUUUGGAGCUUGACACGGAGCCGUAUGCUGCACUCGCAUACGAACUACUUCCCCGGGAUAAACUGCUCCGGAAGGUGACACUGCCGCAGCUCCAAUGUCUCAUAUUGCUGCGGUUCCAUAAUUGGUGUUCCCCGAUGGACGGCGACGGAGAGUCGUUGCAAUAUAGCAAUGUCCUAAUGGGUACGAUUUAUGCCUGUUGCAAGGAGAUUGGCGCGAGCUGGCUCAGCUUCAAGGAGCCCGACAAGUAUGAUUUUGCCAAGGCUCGUGGUAGUAACUCUCGCUUCACCAUGGCCUUUGCGGAAAUGGAACCCGGAGAAGUCGACUCCGCGAAUGAAAGUGUUGUGAAGCUUUACCAGCAGAUCUGGGCGGUUGUUUUGCACUGGGACCGGAACGUAAGCAUGCUCACCGGUCUGGAGCCGAUAAUUGGCACUUCAAUGAAACCGGCGGCUAUGUCCUCUUACAAUAACUGGUACGCGGACAUGAUAUCAUUGGACUAUCUAAAAUGGCAAUUGCUUACGCGAAUAAAUGAAGACCCAUCAGAGGUGAACUUGGAAGAAGUGAAGCCGAUCAUCAGCGAAAUACGGCAGCGUUUGGGGCAAUUCACCUCCGAGUCUGAACUAGCUUUUGAACAGGAGUUGAUCCUCCAGCUUGUUGAACUCUCUAUCCUACACGCGGCUUUCAUCGGGCCUACAUCCAAUGUAUCCGCUGCCGAGCACAGAAAGAAUUACCAGGAGUUAUUGGAGAGGAUCAUUCACCUAUCUGGAAUCUUUAUCACGUAUUUUCAUGACCCGCCGACGACCAACCACCAAUACGGCCGCUUUUACACGAAUAAGAUCGUAGAAGUGGCGAUGUACAGGGUAUACCAAAUACUAACGGGCCUAAUAUUGCGCAUAUCAAGUGCUUGCCAGGACCAAUCGCUUAAGCCAACACUUAUGAAGUUUUACAAAAAUCUAUGCUCACUAUACUUUAAUGAACUAGGCUACGAUUACUACCAGGUAUUCAAAAGAUUAUUUGAGGCAAAGGUCAAGUACAAGAUACUGGAGCAGACUGCAAACCCAGUAUUCAUAAUGCUACGCUACUUAUUUGCUGAGAUUCAGAGCGGCAAUAUGGAAAGUAUGAAGAGCCAAGAGUUAAUCGGGUUGAUUUAUGGGGAAUAUAAGAAAAUGGGAGGGGAACUAAAUCUUGACAUGAUGGACCUCUGGAACCACAUAGUUCCCACACAAUGUGACCACAAUAUUGGUCUCAACAGCUUAUUCACGACUGAGAUCUUUCCAACAGACCAGUAUAGUGAUUAUAAUCUUUUCGUUUCAUUUUACGACUAUGCCUCCAAUAAGCUCACCGAGGAUACAAACCAAGCAGCGGAAAAAUCGAUUGCGCAUAAUCCAUCUACUUCCAUACACGAUUUGUGUAAAGGUGGAGCAUCGCCACAUUUUGACUUACUAGAAGGCAUACUUGACCCUCUUGACUUUAUGACAUACCUGGAUAGUAUUCCCGGUGAAACCUAA